UAAAGUCCAAGCCCUGCGUGGAGUCCAGCGUGGCUGCUCUCGGGGCAUAAAUACCAGGCGGCUGGGCACAGCGGGCAGCCCACAAGCAGCAGCGCAGGACUCCUCCCUUCUCCAACGACCCGCGCACUGCAGCUGCUCAGGAUGUCUCUGAAGACCCUCGCCCUCGCCCUGGCGCUCCUUGCCGUUGCUGGCAGCCACGCAGAGCUGGACACGGAGCUGGACGCGCAGCAGGUGGCCAACAUAGUCUGGAGCUACUUCACCGACAUGAGGAGCAGCGCGCAGGACACGAUGGACCAGAUCCAGGAGUCCAAGCUCAGCAAGCAAAUCAACACCCUCCUGCAGGACAAAUUCGCGAACGUGCAGACCUACAUGGCCGACCUGCAGCAGAAGCUGAUCCCCUUCACCGCCGAGCUGCAGGCCCGGAUGAGCCAGGACUCGGAGAAGCUGAAGGAGCAGAUCCGCCAGGAGCUGGAGGAGCUGCGGGCCAAGCUGUCGCCCUACGCCGACGACGUGCACCAGCAGAUCACCCGCAACAUCCAGGAGAUGCAGAAGAAGCUGGCGCCCUACGCCGAGCAGCUGCGCGGCCACAUGGACCAGAACGCGGAGCAGCUGCGCCAGAGCCUGGCCCCCUACGCCCAGAAGCUGCAGGACCAGCUGCAGGACAACGCGGGCAACCUCCAAGCUGCCCUGGCCCCCUACGCCGACCAGCUGCAGGAGCAGAUCAACAGCAACGUGGAGGGCAUGAAGGACCGGCUGGCCUCUGUGACCGAAGAUCUCAAGGUUAAGGUGGACGAGAGCAUGGCCGAGCUGCAGAAGAGCCUGGCCCCCUAUGCCCAGGACGCGCAGGACAAGCUGGCCCGCCAGGUCGAGAGCCUCUCCUUCCAGAUGAAGAAGGCGGUGGAGGAGCUGCAGGCCCAGCUGGCCCAUGGCACGGAGGAGCUGCGGGGCCAGCUGAGCCCCUACACCGAGGAGCUGCAGGGCAACGGCAAGAGGCUGCGCCAGACGCUGGAGGGCCUGGGCGAGCGCAUGGACCGCAUCAUCGACGACUUCCGCCAGCACAUCGCGCCCCACGGGGAGGCCUUCAACCAGAAGCUGGUGCAGAAGCUGGAGGAGCUGCGGCAGAAGCUGGGGUCCGACACGAGCAGCGUAGAGGACCACCUCGCCUUCCUGGAGAGGGAUCUGCGCCAGCAGCUCUCCUCCUUCCUCAGCAGCCUCAAGCAGAUCGAGAGCUCGCCCCAGGAUGAGCAAUGAGGGGCGUCCAUGCGGCCCCGCAGCAGCCCCGUGGGGAGAGGGAGCUGCCCGCCUGCCUGUCCUCGCUGCACUUCGUUCCUGCCCAAACGCUGCGCCCACUGCAGCUGCAGAAAUAAAACCACCACAGCAACGUAA